GGGGUUCAGCGCAGCAUACCACGGCCACACUAGUGGGGCUAGGCUCGACUUAACGGAAUACCCUACUGGCAUGACUGGGUCCGUGAGCACUAGUAGCAGCGCCAUCUGGAGCAGUGGACAGGGUGGAACGUCCACUAGUAGCACAACUAACUGGAGCAGUAGACAGGGUGGAACGUCCACUAGUAGCACAACUAACUGGAGCAGUAGACAGGGUGGAACGUCCACUAGUAGCAGCGCCAUCUGGAGCAGUGGACAGGGUGGAACGUCCACUAGUAGCAGCGCCAUCUGGAGCAGUGGACAGGGUGGAACGUCCACUAGUAGCACAACUAACUGGAGCAGUAGACAGGGUGGCAUGUCCACUAGUAGCAGCCCCAUCUGGAGCAGUGGACAGGGUGGAACGUCCACUAGUAGCACAACUAACUGGAGCAGUAGACAGGGUGGAAUGUCCACUAGUAGCACAACUAACUGGAGCAGUAGACAGGGUGGAAUGUCCACUAGUAGCAGCGCCAUCUGGAGCAGUGGACAGGGUGGAACGUCCACUAGUAGCACAACUAACUGGAGCAGUAGACAGGGUGGAACGUCCACUAGUAGCACAACUAACUGGACAACUAACUGGAGCAGUAGACAGAGUGGAACGUCCACUAGUAGCACAACUAACUGGAGCAGUAGACAGGGUGGAACGUCCACUAGUAGCAGCGCCAUCUGGAGCAGUGGACAGGGUGGAACGUCCACUAGUAGCACAACUAACUGGAGCAGUAGACAGGGUGGAAUGUCCACUAGUAGCACAACUAACUGGAGCAGUAGACAGGGUGGAAUGUCCACUAGUAGCAGCGCCAUCUGGAGCAGUGGACAGGGUGGAACGUCCACUAGUAGCAGGACCAACUGGAGCAGUAGACAGGGUGGAACGUCCACUAGUAGCAGGACCAACUGGAGCAGUGGACAGGGUGGAACUUCCACAUUUCUUGGGCCGCUUUGUAACUUGCGGCGACAGCGAGGGCUGAGUGAACCAGCAGAGGUGAGACAAGUGCUUCUUUCAACUUAGCUGGGAACUCACCAGAUUGCAGUGACCUAUUAACAACUGACGUGAUUGACGGUAGCACUUCAGAGGCCGUAUACCACGGGGCUUUCGGACGUUAUGAGAUGUCACGGGUCUUGAGGGGGGUGUAUUUGUCCAAAAGAUGACAGAGGGUACUGUUGAAAGACUCAGCCAUCUCAUUUACAGCAUGAGGGGGCGAGAGAUGAAGACAUCACCCGGUACAGCAGAGUGAUCUGGCGGAAGGUCAUGCACGACAUGAACAUUUGAUACAGUAUCAAGGGAAUCACAGGUUGUCUGUCGGAGAAAGUUGUACAGACCCUGUUAGAUGCAAGGAUGCUUAACAUAUGAGGGAAGGGUAUGGGAGAAACAGAUAUAUAGACAUGCUUCCACGAAUAUGCUAAGUUACUGGAUACCAAGAUGGCAACCAACCACUACUACUCAAACAGAUGCAACAAGGUCAUUCGCACAAGCUGUUUUGCAAAACAAAACUAUCAUUAUCGGGAAGAGGUCAUUGAUUGCCCCUUGUCUCCUGCUACAAUUAUUGACAUCCCAUCACACUUCUAUGUAUGUCAGGUUAAAUGCGUAAUGUGUUAAGCAUGUCAUUUUGGAUACAUCAACCGACAUGAAUGAGGCUGCUCAAAAAGGUUAAGAGAAUCCAUGGAGAAAUCAGGACUCAUAACCAGACAUAGGAUGGAGGAUUAGCAGAAUACCGCGGCCUGCAACUGCAUUCUGAUGAGGAUUAAUGACUGCAGCUAAACCUGAUGCCUACUCCCAGGGGUUAGCUAUCUUCUUGUGAUUUUUGGCUUUGAAAGACUGGUUCUCAUCCUCAGCAGGCAAGACUCUAGCAGAAAGCCAAAGAGAUGCAACCGAUGGAGCUAGAACAGAUACUGCAACAGGAGGCUGUCACCAGUCCUAAUGACAAGGGAGAUGCUGGUGCAGCGUUCCAUUCUGUACAGGCUCUCAUUGCUUAUCUUGGGGCAGAUCUUAUGUAGGCAACUUUUACAGACUUCAAUUUUUACUACAUGUACUUCUGAACACUAUGAGCACCACAAAGCACUGAGUUUACAUUAUUGUAAAAGCGCCUGGUCAUGAGACUCUUCGGCGUGAACUGUCAGAUGGGGCAAAGUCUGCUGACUGCACCUCUUGCAUUAUUUAGGCUUGCCUUGAUUCCUUUCUGAGCAUUACCAUUAUUCACUGUUAAUGAAGGUACCAAGGCCAGGCGCGGUUCUAGAACCAAUAUUUUUGGGGGGCUAGCACGGUGGAUCCAGAAUUUUUUC